CUCCACUCCAGUUCAGUAGGUGGCGUUAAUUCAUCGUAAACAUCUUUUCUCUCCGCCAGUAACAACACAAGAAGAAGAACAACAACAAUGGCAUGAAUUAUUCAGUCCUCUGAUUUUGUUCUGUUGUGUUUGAUACAGUCAUCCAUAGUGCAUAACAAUGAGCUGUGACGUAAAGAUGGAGUUUACUAAAGAGGAGAUUGAUGAUGAUGACACAUGCCAUCAGUGUGGAAAGAGCUUCACAAGUAAAAGAAGCCUCGAAGAACACAUGAGAAUUCACACUGGAGAGAAACCGUUCACAUGCCCUCAGUGUGGAAAGAGCUUUGCACGUAGAGGAUGCUUUAUACUUCACAUAAGGAUUCACACCGGAGAGAAGCCGUUUGCAUGUCGGCAGUGUGGAAAGAGUUUCAUACGUAAAGACCACUUCAGAUGUCACAUGAGAACUCACACUGAAGAAAAGCCUUUCUCAUGUCCUCAUUGUGAAAAGAGUUUUUUGACUAAACGCCACUUUGAUAGUCACAUACGAAUUCACACUGGAGAAAAUCCAUUCUCAUGUACUCAGUGUGAAAAGUAUUUUUUAACUAAAAACAACCUUGAUAGUCACAUGCGAAUUCACACUGGAGAGAAGCCGUUCACAUGUGAUCAGUGCGGGAAGAGUUACAAAUGGUCAAAUAGUCUCCGAAUUCAUAAACUCUUUCACUCCGGAGAAAAGCCGUUUAAGUGUGAUCAGUGCGAUAAGAGGUUUGUUCUGGAGUCAGACCUGAAGGCUCACAUGAAAACUCACACUAAAGAGAAGCUUUACUUGUGCUCUGUUUGUGGAAAGAGUUUUUCAUGGCGGUUACGUUUUAAAGACCAUAUGAAAAUACACUCUGGUGUGAAAGAGUAUUUGUGCACAGAUUGUGGUAAAGCCUUUACUACAUCCACUCAGCUGAAAGUGCACCAGAAGAUCCACACUGGAGAAAAACCGUACAAAUGUUCGCAUUGUGACAAGAGUUUCAAACAGUCUGGAGCCCUAAAGGACCAUGAGAGAAUUCACACUGGAGAGAAACCGUUUCAGUGCCGUCAGUGUGGCAGGAGAUUCACCCAUUCCAAAACUGCACUGAUGCACACAAAGAAGCAUUGCCCAAAAUUAAAGUCAGUGUGACUGGAGAAACAAGACCUCCAGAGCUCAACGAUUAAUGAGAGUUGAAUUAUUGCCGUUGUUUUACUCUAUCCUGUUAUUUUGGAUUUGAAAUGCAAAAAAUGUUCAGACAUAACCUAAACGAGCCUGCUGACUUUCACAUAAAAUAAAUGAUCUAUAGUAAAGUUACAAAUGUUCAUAAUGACUGUUCAUACACUUGCAUUACUGUAAUGAUGUUAGAAUUCACUGCUGCUGAAAAGAAACAAAAUGAGAUCCAGUUUUGAACUUCCCUGAAGGGAACCAUCUUCAGAAAUGUUUUCUUUUGGUAUUUUCUCUUCAUGUUACCUACUUCAGUCAAUGAGUGAAUUUACUAAUUUACUGACUAAAUUACUACAGUAACAAAACACGGCAGCUUGCAAUAAUUAUCAAAGGUAAAAUAAAAGGCAAAAGUAAAAACUGAAAAUGCUGAGAUAUUCCUUUGCAAGUUCUGCAGCGUCAAACUGUGCUCUUUGAUUAUUGUAGCUGUACAAAACAACAGCACCUUAGUCUUUAGUCUGAUUUACUGUAGUAUGCUCUAUUCACUCACAUGAAAUAAUCAUCCAUUCAUUUCCUUCCACCCCACUGGGAGAUAAAACGUAUAAGAAGUUAUUAUUAUUCCUUCCCUGUUAAUAUGACCUGUAGAAUAAUAAAAUGUCUUGUCACAAUGAAGAUUUAUCAUUCAGUAAAUUUCAGUGUAACAGAAAGGAAUCUGAGCAGAUCACCAUGUUUAAGGGACGAGUCUCUUCCACCUACAAUCAUUUCUGUUCUAGAAACUGAUUAAUGAUUUGUUGAUUUGUUAAUGAUCCCUGACGUGUUCAUUCAGCUCAUUGCAGUUUAGGCUGGAUUUUAAAAACUUAAGUGAAACAGAGAACUUAUGUCUAACUACUGUCUGUAGUCUGUUAAAAAUGUGACUUGUAUACAGCCUGUUUUUGGGGAAAUUAAAAAU